AUGUCUCUACAACCUACACAAUAUACUUUAAUCAAUAGAGUAGAUCCAAUUUUACAUCAGAUUCUAAAUGAAUCAAGAAACUUAAAAGAUGUUAUCAUCAAAGAGUAUUAUGUCGAAAUGUUAACAAACCUAAUCAUUGACUUGUCAGAUCCAUUGAUUAGAGAGCCUUUAUUCUUUAUACAAGAGAUUAAAUCAUGUUUGGAUUUGGUCGAGACAAUUCAAAGAGUAUAUGGAGCUGAAGACUAUCGAAUAUUUGUGGUUGGAUGGGUUCUAGUAUCUGGUGUAUUCAAUACAUUGGCAACAUUGGAACCAUUAGAAAAGGAACCAAUCAUCAAUAGAUUACAAUCAAUGUUUGAUAUAUUAAUUCAAUUUAGAUGUUUAAAAGAUGUUAAUUCAUUGGAAAUAUUAAGACAACCCACAACAAAGGAAGAAUAUCCUGCACAAUUAAUACCGUUUAUGAAAGAAAGAUUAAAUUCACAAUUACCAAUCAUUAUUGAACAUGUAAAAAAGGAUUAUAAUUUAUUAAUUGCACUGAUGGGAUUGAGAGCAUUGGCAUAUCAUCAAAGAAUGUGGAGAUGUAUCGAAAAUAUAUUAAAGACUGAUAUAUUAUUACCACUACUAAGAAUAGCAAGUGACUCUUAUAAUAUAGUAAACUAUAUAACAGAUAAUUGGACUGAAACUUAUUUCCCAUCAAAAAUACGUUUUGAUUUUGGUUUUAAUUUAAAACCAAGAAAAGUUAUUCAUUUAAUUUGUAAUGAAGUAAUUAGAUUAAUAACAAAUUUAACAUCAGGAGAAUUUGAAACAACAAAGAGUAUUGUGGAUCAAAAAGCAAUUCCAUUUUUUAGUAAAGUAUUGGAUAGUUCAAGUCAAGAUCUUCAACAUUAUGCAUUGAAUGGAAUUGGUAAUAUUAUUUUUGAAAAGGAACAAUGGAGAGACGAGUUUAUAGAAACUUAUUCACUGUUGGACAAGACCAAGGCCAUGUUGAGUGACCCAAUCGUCAAAACAACAACCGAGUUUUUAGAAGACUUUUCAAAUAUAUUUGCUGCAGUGACCUAUGGUGACACACCCUCGAUUCUGUGGGAGACCAUCACAGACAUAUUGCCAUACGUCAACAGGUAUCUAAUGUGUGAUAGUGCCACCACUAGAGGCAAUGUCACGAGGAUAUUAGAGUACAUUACUUUGCAUUCAGAGUUUGACUAUCAUGUCUUGGAACGAUUUGGGUUUGACAAGUUCCUUGUCGACAAUUUAAACAGUGACCAUCAAUAUAUACUCGAACCUUCAAUCUACGCCAUUGGCAAUAUAUUCCAAAAGGCACAGGUUGGAACUCGAUCGUUGGUCAGUAACAAGCUUAUGGAUCCCUUUAAAAGAAUACUAAACAAUAUCGACAAUCAACAUUUAAUGCGACUCGUUUUAUGGAUCAUUUCAAAUAUGGUAGUAGGAGAAGGUGUGGCAGAUUUAAAAGGAUUUGUCAUUGACAGUAAAAUCAUUCAACUGCUCUCUGAAAUGGUUGCUAGGUAUCCAAUAGAAGACCCUCCAAUGGAAACUAAUCUUCCACCAGUAGUCGAGAAACCUACUGGCACCAGUAUUAUCAUUGAAUCAAAAACGGUAGAAGAGAUCAUGUGGGUCAUUGGUAAUUUGAUAUGCAAUCCAAUAUCAGACGAAGAGGUACAUGAGUGUGUCGAACAAGGUAUUCUAAUGCUAUUGUGUAAACUCUACCCAUACGUCCCAUCAGAGACAUGCUAUCUCAACCUGUCAGACAGUUUAGAGUACAUUCUUACACAAGACAAUCAUCUAUUGUACAUGGCCCAUUUGAUUCAGUUAGGGUUUCACAAUCUAACGCCCAACACUCGAUAUGAUCCUGACCCUUUCGAAGCUCUACUCAAUUUUUUUAAUCAAACUACAAAUCCAAAUGUUGAAGAGGAUUAUUUAAAAUCAAUGUCUUUUUCGAAAUUUUAA